GGAAGCGGAAGUGCGUGUGUUUGGACUCAGUUGUAUGUGUGUGUAUGAGAGAGUGAGUAGAAAUGGAAACUAAUCGAGCUGCAAAAUUGGAGUUUGCGGUGCAGAUGACCUGUGAGAGCUGCGUGAGGGCUGUUAAAGGUGUGCUUGAGGAAAAGCCUGGUGUGCAGUCGGUGCAGGUGGAUUUGGCUCGAAAGGAUGUUUUGGUUGAGACGUCACUUUCUACUCAAGAGGUCCAGGCUCUGAUUGAGAGCACAGGCAGGAGAGCUGUACUAAAGGGCAUCGGGGGAUCCGAACCAGAUCUGGGCUCAGCUGUGGCUAUGCUGAGUGGGGCGGGGCCGGUGCAGGGCGUGGUCCGGUUCCUGCAGCUCUCUGAGGAUCGCUGUUUGAUUGAUGGCACGAUCGAUGGCUUGGAACCCGGUCCUCACGGCCUUCACGUGCAUAAACUCGGAGACCUCACACGGGACUGCAUGAGUUGUGGUGAGCACUACAACCCAUUCAAAAAGCAGCAUGGAGGCCCACAGAACCCAGAGAGGCAUGUUGGCGAUUUAGGAAACGUGCAGGCGGGAGCAGACGGCAGAGCCACGUUCAGGCUGGAGGAUUCGCAGCUGAAGGUGUGGGAUGUGAUCGGGCGAUCACUGGUGGUGGAUUCAGGAGAAGAUGAUCUGGGAAGAGGAAAUCACCCUCUGUCUAAACUAACAGGAAACUCAGGAGAGAGGCUGGCAUGUGGCAUAAUUGCUCGCUCUGCCGGACUCUUUCAGAACCCCAAACAGAUCUGCGCCUGUGAUGGAGUCACUCUAUGGGAGGAGAGAGAUCGUCCACUAGCAGGCAAAGGACGCAAAAAAGUCCCAGACACUCCUUCCGCCAGUUUAUGACCACGUGACCACUCAUUGUACUAUGAUGAAUGGUUGACAGAUUAGCAUUUAAAGAAGAAGAGACUCUAAGACCAAAGAGAUAACUGGUUACUAGUCAGUCAUUUCUAGUUUCACUUUGCUCUCAUUGUGCCUCAUAUUCAAAUACAUGUAAAAUGACUGUGGUAAGUGUAAAGGUAGAAAACAGCUACUUUUGUUCCUGCAGUUAUGAGGCACUGACGUCUGACCAGUUAAAUACAAAGCCUUCUUACAGCUUUAAGGGGGAAAAACCCCAGCUGCUUUCAGUUCAGCUGUAUUUACCAAUUCGUAGCAUAGUUCCCCAAAGACCUGUGUUUUCCCUUUAUUUAGAACACACUUAUGAGAGGCGAAACGCAGUUGUUGAAUUCAUUAAAUGAUAAAUAUUUCAUAUAUAUGACACCAACUCCAGGAUCUAAAACUUGCAAUAGAAGGAGAUCAGAGAAGAUUUUACUUAUUGAGUUUUAUCUCAGUUGAUCCAAAGCAGCUUACUGUUUUUCAUACUUUUAUGGAUUCCAUAAAAUAUGAAUUAUAGAAAAAAAAAAUCUGUUCAAUCAAUUUCUGCUCUUCCAGUUUUAAACAAUCUGUUCUUUUCCAGAUUUAGGCAAAUAAGUCAAAAUGUUUGGUUUGUUUCACACGUAAUAAUCAAAUUUACGCUCUGUUUUUUGUGAUAUGGUAAUGAAUGAGGUUCAAAAAAAAGAAAAAAAGAUUGCACUUUUGUCAAUAGAUUCAAUUCAAGCAACAUAAUUUCCCUGGAAAGCAUGUGCUCUCUGUGUGUAGGAGGGGGAAACCCUUUGUCUGCUGUCAAUCACAGUGACACUAUCCAAUGACAGGCAGUUAAUGUAUGUGGAAGAGGGCAGAUAGCACUUUCUUCUGUGUGUAGUAUAAAUAACAGUUUGAAAAGCUGUAUGUCUCAGAUAGACUUUACCCUUGAGGAGGGGUAGAUGAGGGAUGGGAAUUUAUAGUCUAAUUUAUAGUCUAAUUUCCACCACUGGUUUUUAUUCCACGACUGACGUCAACCUGAAAACCAAUCGAAAGACUCUCUAUUAAAAUAAUCCAUUCUAAUUCUUAUAAUUGUUUGUUAAUUAUAUUAUUGUUAGUUUCUGAGAUUCAGAGUGUUUAUAAUUAAGGUUUUUUUUUUAUAAUUUAGCGUUUUGUGUCCUAAGACACUGAAGUUCGACUGAAAAAUAUGUUGUGAAUUCAUUAAUCAUUAAUUAACUCAUUAAUCAGAUUUGUACCAGAAGGUUUUGAGGUUUAUUACAAUUGAACUUGUAAGAUUUAUGCAUUUUUAAUGAUUAUUUAAAUGUAAUUGGAAUGUAAAAUUUAUUGGGAUGAUAAAUUAUUUUUAUAAAAAAAAAAAAAAAUGUUUGUGUGUGUGUGUGU